AUGUCGACCUUCGACGCGAGUAGCGAGCAAUCGCUCAGCAUCAUCGGCUGCGGAAACAUGGGCACAGCCAUUCUGAACGGCCUCCUGCAAGCCCAAGCCGCACCAGCACAAUCCGACAGCACCGCCACUCCUCUGCCGAAAUCCUUCAUUGCAACUGUCCGCAGCACUACCUCACACGCCAAGCUCACCAAGCGAUUUGCCCCAUACCUCUCCUCCUCCAGUAACAACACCUCGCAAUGCCCCCAAGUAACGAUUCUUCAAGGCCCUACAGCCAACAGCGAAGCCAUCCGGAACAGCACCACCAUCCUCCUCUGCAUUGAUCCCGCCGACAUCUCCUCCUUCUUCGCCGACGUCAGCAUCCGCGCCGCCCUCCGCGGGAAGUUCGUGAUCAGUAUCGCUGCCGGCUGGACCCGGGACGCUCUUUUCGGGUCGCUGUCGCCGGAGAUUCAAGACCUUCAAAUCGUGCGGGCCUUACCGAACAUGGCCGCUUCCGUGGGGCAGAGCAUUACCGCGAUUGAGGUACCCCCGCCCCCAAAACGGGGCCUCGAUGGCACAGGGGUGGAUGCCAUCCCGAACCCCACAGACUCCCACAUCGCCUUUGUUCAAGCGAUCUUCUCCGCAAUAGGUCGCACCCUCCUCAUCCCCCCGAGCCAGAUGACCGCAUUCACGGCUGUGGGCGGCUCGACCCCGGCGUUCGUCGCGGUAUUCGCUGAUGCGCUGAUCGAGGGGGCGGUGGCAAUGGGGUUCCCGCGGGCCGACGCUCAGACGACGAUCUUCCAGGCGUUGCGGGGCGCGACGGCAUUGAUGCAGGAUGGCGGGCUGCAUCCGGCCAUGCUUCGGGAUCAGGGGACAUCGCCGGGCGGAUGUACGAUGGGGGGGUUGAUGGUCUUGGAGGAGCGAGGAUUGAGGGGGACGGUGGCCAGGGGGAUGCGGGAGGCGGUUUCGGUAGCGGGGUUGAUGGGGAAGCAGAAUGAAGACGAGGAAGGGUUUGUCAAUGGAACUAGGUAA